AUGUCUUUUUACUACUCUCUUUUGGGUGCGGCGGGCCUGCUCGCCCAGCACGUCAGCGCCUACACCCAAGUCAACGUGCCGUCGCCAUUUAUGCAGAAAAACAUCGAUCCGAUCGUGUUCCCUGGCUCCUUCACCAAGUCGCAUCUGCACUCGUUCUACGGCUCCGACGCCGUCACUGCCAGCACAAAGACGAGCGCCGAGCUGCAGAAAGGCUGCACCAACGCUGAGCUCCCAGACGACAUGAGCGUCUACUGGACACCCACCGUGCUGUACACAACGGACGGCGGCAAGAGCUACAAGCCCGUGCCCGUGAUGCGUUUCAGCGCAUACUACAACCUGGGCGAGACGCCCGCCGAAGUCGCCAUCCCGCAGAACGUGCGCAUGGUGGCAGGCAAAGCCGAAGCCCAAACCCAAGCAGCCAUGGACCCCAACGCAAAAGCCACCUGGUUCUGCGAGGGCGACGAAGCCAGCGCGCUCGACGCCAACGGGUUCCCCAGCAAAACCUGCUCGACCCAUCUGCAGCAACUCCUCUACUUCCCCUCGUGCGUCAACACAGAAACCCUGGAAACAGGGUACAAAGACCGUGCCCACGGCACCUCCAACUGGUGUCCCGCAGGCAUGAAAUCCAUGCCGCAGCUCCGCUUCUCCAUCCGCUACGACCUGCGCUCCGUGCUGCCCAACGGCUGGUCCGGCACCGCGCCCGUCAAACUGGCUUCUGGAAACGCCUUCUCGUCCCACGGCGACUUCAUCAACGGGUGGACCCCCGAGGCCGCCGAGAGCAUGGUCCAGACUACAAAGGACAAAUACCAUUUCCUGCCUAUCACGGGCGUGACCAAGUCGGGCUCCCCCGCGUGCAAGCCCAAAGACGCGGAUCCCUCGCACGGCACAAGCGACUAUGCGCAGAGUGUCGCGGCCAUGUCGGGCAAGCGCAGUGUCAAGGCGUGGGGCUGGGAGUCGAGAUCGAGGUUUGCUCGCUCGCCUUCAGCGGGGUUUCUACCUUUUUUCUAA